GACCUGCAAUCUGCGAACUCUGUCCUGUGCAACGCAAUGUCCAAGCCCGGAACACCUCCACCGUCAAACACUCUUCUACUUCGCCGCCAGCUUGCUGAGCUCACCAAACAUCCUGUAGAGGGAUUUUCGGCAGGACUUGUUGAUGAAAACAAUUUGUAUGAAUGGGAGAUCUUGAUUAUUGGCCCUCCGGAUACUCUCUAUGAAGGAGGAUUUUUCAAAGCUCGCCUUACUUUUCCGUCAGAAUUUCCUUUGCUUCCACCAACGAUGCGAUUUAUCACUCCAAUGUGGCACCCCAAUAUCUAUUCUGAUGGUACUGUCUGUGUAUCUAUCCUACAUAAGCCUGGUCACGAUGAAUAUGGAUAUGAAGACGCGGGCGAGAGAUGGAUGCCAGUUCACACCGUUGAAUCUAUUCUUCUGAGCGUCAUUUCUCUGCUGUCAUCGGACACUCCAAACACAGACAGCCCUGCUAAUGUGGAUGCGGCAAAGGAAGUCCGCACUGAUAUGGCUGCUACAAGAAGAAGGUCCGUCGUUUGGUCCGCCGUAGUGCGGAGGAGGCUU